GAAUAUAAUAUCAUUAUCAUCUUCAGCUGAAGUCAGUCUGGCUUAGCGCCCUGACAGCGAGCGACUCAGAGUUUCACUCAGUUCUCUUAGUGUUUGUGAUUGUGCGUGUUUUAUUUUAAACUUUUAAACUUUUAAACCUUUUAAACUUUAAACUUUUGUUUACAUUUACGGUUGUGCUCAGUCAACCGGCAACGAUACACGCUAUUUGCAUGGCCCUGAAAAUAAGUAUCAUCAACAAUCUCAGUAAGUUUUGUUUGGGCGACAGUCGGCUUCGUGCUCCGUGAUAGAGCCCCGUGGGUAGGCUCAUUGCCAAGCUAGAAGGAAGACUGUUGUCAGUCAUGUCUGGUAGCCAGAUACCUCACAAAAAGGCAAAGCUCGAGGGCAAGACUAGUGGAGGUGGUAGAGCUGGUCAAGGGGGAAGCAACACUGCCAAAGAGUGUUAUCUGCACGUUGUCACAGAUGCACAAGCUACUUCUCUCGCUGGGUCAGGAAGUCAGUGUCCUAUUGAAGACAUUAAAAAGAAGUCAGGUGCAGAUGUACAGCUUGAUCCCUGCACGUCAUCCGUACAAGGCACAAAGACUGUCAUCAUUAAGGGCUCUCGAUCUCAGAUCGAGGAGGCAGUCAGGCUCAUCAAUCAGGAGACAGGCGAUCAGGAGACCAUCUCAGCACAAGCCCAGUCAUUCUGGGUCAAGUGGGUUGAGGCCGCGUUCCCUGAUCUCGACUCACGCGCCUACUUCCUGCCUCCUGUCUACUUCAACCGCGUGCCGAUGACUAGACAUCAGAUUGCUGAUCAGGAUGUCGUCGUCUUCAAAGAGAAAGGACAGUCGAAUCAACCAUCCAGCCAGUCAUCCAGCCAGACAGCCAUUCCUCAGUCGACUGGUGCUCAAGCUUCCAUUCUUCAGCCUGCUUGUGUGCAGGACAGUGACGUCAGAGAUGACGCAGCCAUGCAACGUGUGUUGGUGUGUCUGCAGACAUUGUUUGAGCAAAAUAAAGAAGUGUUGGUUGGUCUGACUCAGCUUCUGUUCGGACAGUACCUGGGGGAACCUUGUUACGCUGCCGCGGCUGCACAUCUCCGCCUACCCGCCAAUCUUCCUCCUGCUCUACCACAAAAGUGGAAACAAGGAGACUUUGAUGUGCUUCUUAUUCACCGACAGUACGGUCUUGUCACCUGUGAGGUGAUGGCGUUUGGUGACAACAUACAGGAACUGAAGAUGUCACAGCAGGAUGUAGACAAUACAAUUAGAAAGAAACUGAGUAACGCCGUCUCACAGCUGGACAAGGCGGAGGCCAUGUUGUCUCACCUGGUGUCUGACAUCGCUCCCGGUCUGCGCAUCACUAAGACCAUCGCUUUCCCCAACCUCACGACUCGUCAGGUACAACAGGCCAUCUCUGGCGACUCCAAAUUUUCCAGGGACCUGAGUCAGUGUCUAAAAACAUCAGACCCCGCCGACAUCCCAGGUCUGUGUCUGUGCUGUGAUCAGUUGUCUGACCGCAAGACAUUGCCUGACGUCAGUAGUCACGUGCUGAGUGCACUCGGACACUGGUGGCAGCGACGUGUGGCUGGGGCUGGACCUGACAGUCACAUGACACCUGAGGUGUACAAGACACUGGUAGCCAGGUGAGUCCUUAGUAGUCAC